AUGGACAAUGUGCAUCCUGCUUACCUUUCAGCUACUCAAAGAGCCGCUGUCGCCAGUGCGAGUGCCUCGCCAAGGUACUUGCAGCAGCCUUUCGAAGACAACUACGUCGACGAUUCCUUUCUCAACUCCCUUGUCUUGAACGCCCAUGUUACCCGCUACGAGCUGCAAGAGCUUUGUUGCAGUACCACGUCAAUAAUCCGGCAAUUAUGCUUGGUCGUGAUCUUCGUCAAUGUUUGGUGGAAGGCUCAGCUGGAGUACGACUUCCGUUGGCUUUUUGCAGUCGGAGGGUUGCUCUUUUGUUGCCAUCUCUGGCUCUGCGUCAGCAUUCGGCCUUUCACCGGCGUCCUGAAAGUUUUGCAGGCUUGCGCUAUCGUCUUCCCACUUGGAGUUCUGGCUCCUUUGCUUCAAGCCUUAACGCGAAGCUGGAGCGAUGACACCAUUGGCGUCUUUGCCUGUGGCUUGCUCCUGCUGCAUGUCAUACUGUACGAUUACAGUGAUGGGUCGUCAGCAUCGGUUUGGUCCUGCCAGCAGGAGCUGUUCCUACCUGGUGGACCCAUAGCCCUCAACGCAUCGGUGCUGUCCGCCAUGAUACUGGCAUCCAGGCUGCGGACGCCUCUUGAGGUCUUCGCUUUCAUGAGCUUCGCCAUGGAGGUCUUUGCAUUGCCGCAUUUUUGCAGUCGAUCGACGGCCUGUGUACUGCCGUUCUUGUUCGCGGUUGCCAUCGCACUGGAUUUCAAGUCGGGGGUUUCUCUGGUGCUGGCGGGGAUCCUCAUCGGAUUUGUGGGUCCUGUUCUAUUUCUGUCUGCGCAAAAUCUCAAGACGGAGAUUCAGGGCCCCUGGGACAUUGCCCACGUGGUGCCGGAGCCGCUCGAAGGAACGUUUGACGGCGACUUAGGAGGAGGACGCGAGAUUGCCAGGUUGAGAAGUUGCGAAGGAAACGCUGCUGGUUUUCAGGACGAGCGCAAGAACACCAAGGCUGUUUCGAAGCUUCUGGAUCCUGUAGAACAUCUGGAGCAAUGGAGAGUAAUCUGCAUCGACUUCCAUCGGUUCCGAGCCAAAUGUCCCGACAAAUGCAAGGAACUCAUCCGGCAAGGCAUUCCAGAGUUCCUCCGUGGUUCUGUGUGGCAGAAGCUGGCACUUUCACGCGAGCUGUUGCACAAGCACCCGAAGGACAUCUACGAACAGAUGAGACGGGCUGAAGCAGCACCAUGUGAGGGCGACAUCGUUCGGGACAUCAACCGAACUUUCCCAAAGCAUGUGCUGUAUCGCGAUAAGCAAGGUUUGGGUCAACAGCAGCUGCUGAACGUACUGCGAGCAUAUUCAGUGUUCAACGCUGAAGUUGGGUACUGCCGAGGUCAGGGAAUGGGCUUCAUCUGUGGGGUCUUGUUGAUGUACAUGGGUGAGGAUGAUGCGUUUCUCAUGCUGAUAUCGCUGCUUGAGAACUAUCGCAUGGCAGGCCUCUUCAUGCCUGGUGUCUCGAUUGAAUAUGCUGGUAAUCCCGAGCCGAAAACUGCAGCCGAGGUUUGCAUUUACAACUUUCCUUUCUCGACGGUUGUGCGUGUUUGGGACAUUUUCCUCGCAGUGAAGAUUAUUUUCCGCAUUGCAUUGGCGCUGCUGAAGCCCAGUCCUGAGGAUCUGCUGAUCAAGACCGCUCUCAACAUAAAGCUGAAGAACAAAACGUUGAAGGACAUCGAGUCAGAGUGGCUCUCUCAAAUGACUCCCGGCCUAUGA